GCGCUGCACAUAGCCGCCAUGCACGGCCACGCAGAAGUGGUGAAGCUGCUGGUAGGAGCCUACGACGCCGAUGUGGACAUCCGCGACUACAGCGGGCGCAAGGCUGCCCAGUACCUGCACCAGGGCACCUCGGGGGAUAUGCGGAGCCUCGUGGGUGCCCUGGAGGAGGAGGAGGAGGAGGAGGAAGGGGCUGCUGGCAAUGGGAGCGGGCGCUGGAGGCUCUCCAAGGUGUUGCCCUCCAAUCUCAUGAGCUACCGCCUCUCCCACCACCACCACCAUCACAGCGCUGGGGAGGAAGCUGAGGGCGCCGAAGGGGCAGCGGUGCCAGGCAAGGGCAAGGAGAUGACCAGGAAAGCCUCCGGCAGCGGGCGGAUGAAGCCUAGGCUUAACAAGAUCCGCUUCAGGACUCAGAUCAUCCACAACACUCCCUCCUUUCGCGGUGACACUGAGGAGGAGGAGAAUGAGGAGAGAUCCCUGAAAGCAUCGUUCAAGCUCAGGCCAAAGUCCAACGUCUUUGGAUAA